AUGGAGGACGCUGUGUGUGAUAGGCUCGAUAAGAUGAAGUUGACUAUAGAAGAAGAAGAAACUAUAGCCAUCUCGGAUGAAGGAAGAUUGGAAGCUAUUGAAAGUUGCACUUCGAGUUUCAUUGGAAAAUUCCUCACAUGUAAGUCGUUCAACAAAGUUGCAACGAAGAAUAUGAUUCGGCACACGUGGGGAUUGAAUGAAUCUAUGCAAAUUCUUGAAGUAGGGCCAAAAUUCUUUCAAUUCAAAUUUCAAUCAGAGUUUGAUUUGGAGAGGAUCUUGAGAGGAGGCCCUUGGUCCUUUGAUAAUCAGCUACUAUUACUUCAGAGGUGGAAAAAGGGUAUGACUGUGAGAAAUAUUCGAUUGGAGUUGGCAUCCCUUUGGGUUCAAAUAUGGGAUGCAUCAUUUGACAUGGUUUCACCUCAUGUAGCAAGGGAAGUGGGAAGCCGUCUGGGCAAGGUUGAGGAGGUGGAAUGGAAGAAACGGAAAGACGAUAUAAGCCAUGAUUUGAGGCAUUGUGCAGCCCAUUAUGCAGUGGAGAAAAAGAGUGAAAGAAUUGAAUAUCAAUAUGGUGACUUUCUCAGAGCUGUAGGUGGUCGUCCAAGAACACUAUCUGCUAAAGCUUCAGGUUAG